GAUCCUACCAGCUGUACGUCUUUCAUAACCCGUUGGACAGUUCGAACGGACAACACAAUGCUGAUCUAUCAGAUGAAGUUAUAGACUGGGAAUUCGCACAGAGAGAGUUGGCCAGAGCGUCUGGUAUCGACGGCUUUGACGGAAAGCCGAAAAGUAAAGGUGAGAUGGGAAUUGUGGAUAUGAAUAUAUUGGCUGUACUAUACGCUGCUGGAUACCAUU